AUGAAUGGGACUAUUUACAUUAGCUUACCUAUUCGGAUUAUUAUUACGACUGAAGGAAUAUUUGGCAUAAUAUUAAAUAUUGUGGCCAUCACUGUUGUGUUCGCUUCACAAUUCGGUUCAAAAUUUACUACAUUUGUAUUUAGAGCACAACCAAUAUUUGAUUUAAGUGCAUGUUUCUCAACAGCAAUGUACUAUAUGAUUCAAUCUAUAUCAUCUGUCAAUAACGGAACUGGAAUAUAUAUUAUAGAUGUCAUAAUUUGUCAUUUUUGGUUUAGAAAUGGAUUAUUCUGGUUGCCAUGUAUCUUAAGUGUGCAAAAUCUGGUUUGUAUAUCAUUGGAUCGAGCGAGUUCUGUCCUAUUUCUUGGAUCAUUCAAAACGUAUACGAAUAGAUUUUUCGUACUAUACUUUCUUUACAUGCUCACUAUGCUUUUGAUUUUGUACGUACCAACACCACUUCUUCGUCGUUAUACCGAUGGCCAAUGUGUUAUGGAUUUUUCAUUCCCUUGGAUUCAAACGAAAGUAUUUCUUGGUUAUAUUGUGUAUUCAUGGGUUGUGUUUUCUUAUUUUGUUCCAGUUUUGGUCACAUUAGUUAGCCAUGCAUGGAUCAUACAUGUAUUAAAAAUAUCUAGCCCUUCUCAUCAAAAUUACACAACACAAAAUUUUGAAGCUACUUUACAGAUACAGAAGAAAAUUACUCAGUUAGUUAUCACAACAACAAUUAUGUCAUGUCAACUAGCUAUAUUACACUCAUUUGAAUGCAUAAGUCAAAUAUUAAUCGCAUGUGAAGUUGUGGUUUACACUUAUGGUACUCCGAUUGAACAAAUGGGUACAAUACUUAUAUUAUUGGGAUGUACGUUAAAUCCAUGUAUUCUCAUUUUCAGUACAGCUCCUUUGAGAAAACGUUUAUUAACAUCAGUUAAAAGUGUCACAGAGAGAAUUAGCAGCAUCGCGACAAUAGGAAAGCACACAGAAUCAUUAAUGCAAUGAUAUAUAUAUGUAUAUAUAUAUAUAUAUAAUAAAGAUUGACGAUCAUAUGUUAGCCAUAAUCUCUUUGACCUGUUUGCAUACAAAUCAAGGAAUAACACCUACCCAUUGAGUGUAUCGUGUUCUACAGAAAAGAUUUGCGUAUUUCAUAAUGAUUAGUAACUCUCUGUAAUACUUCAAAAGAAUACCCAAGGCAAUUCAAGAUAAAAACAGAAUCUGUAACUUCUUUCGAACACUCAAUACAUAAAUAAUGCAAUCAGUCUUUAGGUUACCAUAUUUGUAUAGUUUAGUACACGGUAAAGCCUCCCAUUCAUAUAUAUGGAUUAUAAAAGAAACUGCUUGUAUUACCUUACACAAACUAUGCAAGUAUGCAACAAUAGUAAAUAUUAAAGGGAAGUACGGAACAACUCGUAUGGUUAUUGUCAUCGAAACAGCUGUAGUAUAGUGUUUGCCCUAGUGUUAUUUUCUAUUUCGCUUCCUUCUGUUGUUUCUUUGUUCUAUGAUUGUAAAUAUCUUGAUGAUCUAUAUUCUAUCAUAGACAUUUGUUAACUUAAAUUCUGAA